GUUGUCACAAGCGAUGCAUUGAUUGAAUGAUUUGUAAACAAAACUCUUUUCAAUCAUUAAAUCACUGAUCAGUCAAAUGAUUGUCACUUUCGCCACAAGACAUCUUCGCUACCAGUCAUAGACCACGACAUCCAUGUCUUCGCAGAUGAGAGAUCUACACAAUCGCUGUUUCGGUGGCCGCUAUUGGUUCGUACGUGACGUUUGCGGCAUAAUCUGUGCGCUCUUCACGUAUGGACUGUUGCUGUUCGCCGAGUAUGUGGUGAUCGAAGUGAUCAUAAUUCCCGAGCAGAACCUCAUCUACAAGACCAUCAACUUU